AUGCGUUCUCUUGGGAAGGAGGCGAAGAGGUGCCUCCGUAACAUGGAGGACAGCUUGGUGCCACGGGGAGGAUUACCAGGGCUCCGCAGCAGCCCGGCCCCCACCUCGUCUCCGGCCCCCACCUCGUCUCCGGCCUCGGCCCCCCAUCUGUGCCCAACCCUCCCUCAGGCCCAGCUCACUGAGAACCCCUCCCAUCUGCCCCAGCUGCAGCAGGCUAGCGACAGUCCUGUCUCUGGUUCUGCCUGUUCCUUCCCUCUCCACGGUGACUCUGGUCUCCACGGUGACUCUGAUCUCCACGGUGACUCUGUAGAGGAACCCCUGAACCUUCAGAUGUGUCACCAGGUGGCCAACGAGUUGAGGCACGCCAUGAGAAGAGCCGUCACAUUCUACAACAAGGUCUGCUGUAUGACAGACAGCCCAGAGCAGCAGGGCCAGAUGUCGGCCAUUUUAAAAGAGGCCUUUUGUGUGGCGCAGACGGAGCUGGCCUCUGUGUUUCCUUCGGGUCAGAGGUCAGCAGCAGGUCACAGCGCCCCCUGUCCCCUGGAGGACUCUCCAGGUCGCCAGCUGAGAGACGACCGCACCGUGGCUCUAUUAGAGAAAUACUCUGAGAUGCUGCUGUUCAUUGCUGAGAAGAAGAUGGACAGUAGCUAGUUGAUGGGUUUGACUAGAUGGGAUGACCCGCUAAUAUCAGAGGUUACUUUUCGUAGCAGGUUAGGGGAAUUUAGGUUAAGGUUAGGAAAGGUUAUCCCUGGAUGCGACUCGAAUAUGCACGUUUUAACAGACAUGACCCUAGCUGAUGGAGGAUGAGACAAGACGUCCUUACGCGAAGCAAAUAUUAGCUAACCAGAUGUGAGCAAAAAAAUGCAGACGGUUUUCAAUAGCAUCCUGUCCCUUCUAACCAGACUGUUUUCAAUAGCAUCCUGUCCCUUCUAACCAGACUGUUUUCAAUAGCAUCCUGUCCCUUCUAACCAGACUGUUUUCAAUAGCAUCCUGUCCCUUCUAACCAGACUGUUUUCAAUAGCAUCCUGUCACUUCUCACCAGA